CGGCAGAGGAGCUGUACUGGGGAACACCCCUCCCUCCCUGCCUGUCAUCUCACACCCUCUGGAAUCUGGAUCUCAACAGACCAGUUUCCUGCACUGCACCUGGAGACAGCCGACAGGUUGCUCUGAGCAGCCCUUCUCCAGAUACCAUCGAUGACAGCCGACAGAACAAAGGCCUUGAAAAUUAUCAUCAUCGGCUCCAUAGCCGUGGGUAAAACAGCACUUCUGAACCGAUACAUCAACAACAGGUAUAAGUCCGACUACCAGUGUACACUUGGAGUAAAUGUCCUCACAAAACACAUCACAGUGGACAAUGUGACAGUCAAGCUACUGAUCUGGGACACGGGCGGACAGGAGCGUUUCAAAGCCCUGGUGUCCUCUUUCUUCAAAGGCUCGGACGGCUGCCUGCUGGUGUUCGACGUGACCAACCGCGAUUCCUUCCACGCCAUGGAAGGCUGGAGGGACAUGGUCUUGGCCAAUGUACCGGCCGAGCAAGAGGACUUCCCCCUCGCAGUCCUGGGCAACAAAAUGGAUCUCAGCGACAGGGAGGUUACAACAGAGGAGGCCGAGACCUGGAGUCACAGCCGGAACAUUCCGUACUAUGAAGUGAGCGCUAAGGAGGGAACGAGUGUUAGUGAAGCCUUCGAUGGCAUCGCCCGCAUUGCGCUGUCUCAGAUAUCUGAAGGCAAAGAUUUUUAUUUAACAAACUCUAUCUCUCUGGGAGACGGUGAUUCAGCAGAGAGGAAGAAAUGCUGCUGAAUAUCGGGAUUAAACCGGCUCGGAUUGGACUCCAUUUGAACCAUGUGUUGGCAUCAGGCGCUCUGAGGACUCCUCUGUUUAUAUAGAAAUAUUUAUUUUUUCUAAGGAUGAACGAAACCAAUUUCUAAACUGAUAUUUAGUUAAUUCCACAAAAUGCUGCAUGUAUUUGCACUUGAUCCGGUGGCGCAGCGGUGGAGCUGCUGCCUCACAGCGCCAGAGACCCGGGUUCGAUCCUGUCUACGGGCGCUGUCUGACACAGUUUGCACGUUCUCCCCGUGACCUGCGUGGGUUUUCUCCAGGUGCUCCGGUUUCCUCCCACACUCCAAAGACGUGCGGGUUUGUUGGUUAAUUGGCUUUGGUAAAAAUCGCAAAUUGUCGCCAGUGCGCGUGUAGGAUAGUGUUAGUGUGCGGGGAUCGCUGGUCGGCGCGGACUCGGUGGGCCGAAGGGCCUGUUUCCACCCUUGUAUACCUAAACCAAACUGAAGACUGCGGGCAAGAAAACUUGUCGAAAACAAAACAUGUAGUGCAUGGCUGAAGAAGGGUCUCGACCCGAAACGUCAGGCCAUUCCUUCUCUCCAGAGACGCUGCCUGUCCCGCUGAGUUACUCCAGCAUUUUGUGUCUAUCUUCGGUUUAAACCAGCAUCUGCAGUUCCUUCCUAUGCAGAACAUUUAGUGCAACCAAGUUUGACUUUUUAAUGAUACCGGGACUCGUUUAAUUUGGCACUUGGACAAAAUGGUUUUUAAAUUGUGUACAAUUUAAAUUUUAUGUUUUUAACCUUUAUAAUGGACAUAUAAUGUCUUAUAUGCAAAGCUGAAAUAGGGCAGGUACUAGUGUGGAAUAGAACAUGACACAAUAUAAAUGUAUCAGGCCCUUCAGCCCACAAUGUCUGUGCUGUACAUGAUGCCCAGACCAAAUCAUCUGCCUGCACAUAAUGCAUUUCCUUCCACUUCCUACCUAUCAAAUGCCUUUCCAAUAGACAACAGGUGCAGGAGUAGGCCAUUCAGUCCUUCGAGCCAGCACCGCCAUUCAAUGUGAUCAUGGCUGAUCAUCCCCAAUCAGUAUUUAAGAAGGAACUGCAGAGGCUGGAAAAUCGAAGGUACAAAAAAAUGCUGGAGAAACUCAGCGGGUGCAUCAGCAUCUAUGG